AUGGCAGUGUCAGUGGUGGCAGAGGUGGAGGUGUCGUGUGCGCCAGUGGGAGGCCAGCACCUGUUGGUCAAUUGGACGGCACAGGCGGAGACUGACUUUUAUGCCGUUCAACUCCAUCUGUGGCUCAACGACAGCACAGCCGCGGCACCCUUUUGGCGGGGAACCACGCAGCAGACCAGCUUUUUACUUGAAGACCUUCGACCCAACAUUGAGUAUGCCGUAUCUGUUCGCACGCAUCCUGACUCAGCGCCUUCGAUUGUGUGGCACUGGCGCAACGACUCGGCAGCGCCACGCCGUUGCGCACUGCUCGCCGGGCCGUCCGUGGUCGAUCGUUCGGCCCUGGUCGUCGUUCAGAGCUCCACCCACGCACUGGUAGUUCAAGCGGCAUCAUCUGUUCAGCAACUGCACCUCACCCGACUGGGUCGUCGUGAUCUCACAGAGCGUACUCCAACCCGUGUCGCCCAAGUUUUGGCUCGGCCCAGCCAGCCUGACCGUGUCCUCGGGAUAGCGCGCUCUGGAGUGAUCGAGAUUCCUCAACUCGAGCCAGCCUCGCUGUAUCUUUUGGCUGCUGAUGGAUACCAGGUCCUGGCACGCACCGCGGCUCCUGGUGUCACUUUUCUCUCGGUAUACCGCGUGUCAGAGUACACAACCGAAGUUGACUACCUGGCCAAUCACAACUCAGCUGGACUCGCUGCUCAAGCUGCCUUCCUGACCAACACCAACUCGGCCCUCUUCUUCAACGUCAGCCUGAACCCUCCCGUUACCGAGUAUUGCGUGGCACGCCAGGCAGACCUUGAUUUUGCCCCAUACGUGUCCUGCAAUGGACCAGAGGCCGAACCCAGAAAUCAACCAGAGGAUCCCAUGUGUAUUUGUGACGUCUGGGCCGAUCGGAUGAUUGCGCUGCAAACAAGCACCGACUUCCAGCAGUGCGAUCCCAUUACAUGGGGUCCCAAUCACACCCACGACGACCCGGCCUGCUAUUGCUUCAACGGGACCAGUCGCUCCAAGUGGAACAUGGAGCCUGCCUCGCAAGCUGGUCUGGGACGAAGUGACGUCUUCCUGCCCUUUUUCUACUACCAGGGCUUUGGGCAGUUGCCGGAGAAGCAGCCUGACAAGUGUUCAUGGAGUACAAUGCCUGGCGCGCGCAUCGUGUACGGCAACACCUUACUCGACUUGGGCUGGAACGCUACAGAU